UCCACAGAAGGGCGGGAUCAAAAUGCACACUUACGUACUAUAUAGUAUGUUUAAACAGAACGCUGCUAACUGGUGCGCUUAUACCCGGUCGCCAUGACUACACCCGAGCUCGCCUACUAGCAAGCUAAAGAGUAUGAAAAAAUAGUACGGCGCUACUCUAAGCCUGGUAUUUGGACAUAGUCUUUUACCGAGUGCGGGAUAUUUUGGAUGUGUGCAAAACUUCGAUGUUGACAGACUGAAUGCGUCGAGUGUGUGUGUGUGAGUGUGUGUGUAUGAAGAACAAAAAUAAAAAGGGAAGAAGAGAAAAGCUGGAUCCUUCACACACUUUCAAGGUGUGCAGCGUUUUGAGUGAGGAAGUGCACGCGCUGCAAGAAUAUCAGAAAUAAAUCCAGGCUUGGGAUUUAUUUAUUAUUUUAUGUGAACAACAAAACUCCUGGAAAGUUUGGAUUUGACUUUGGUUUUGGUUUAUAAACCUUAUAAACGUAUUUUACGGUUAACUCGAGGAGGAAAACUAGUAACACAGGGUACGCACGCGACCUUUUUUUAUUAUUAUUUCUUUAGGGGGGUUUAUUUCCAGGUGAGUUUUUGUUGUUGUUGUUGUUGUGCUAACUGACUCGCGUGUACUGCAGCUAAGAACAUUCUCGAAGUGUGGAAAAUAUAAAACAGAGUGUGUUUGAUAUAUUGUUCAGAUUGAAUUAAAGUAGCAGCUAGCUAACGUGUUGUAGCUAAGUGAAGGCUAGCUGUCACGGUGUCCGUUCUGUCAAACCGUCGUGUUGCUCGGUGUUUGUUAGCUAACUAGCUAAUUAACAGAACUAACUCAAGGUAAGCCAUUUUUCAUACGAAGUGUUUGGUAAUAAUGUGUGUGUGUGUGUGUGUGUGUGUGUUUUAAAGAGAUUUGAAUGAAAGUAGGCAGUCUAACAAACAGGAGAAAACAAAGAAAGCGUUAACUAAAUGACUCGAUAAUUUCCGUUACAUACUUAUAUAGUAAAUUAGCGCGCGCGCGCGGUUUUUUUGUUUGUUUGUUUUUUUUUUUAAAGAUAUCUUAUUUAUACGUCCUCGUACGUUUGGGCUUGCACCGGUGUGGAAGCGGGAUGUUUAUGAUGCACUGAUUCAGCAGAUGGCAGUAGCACGAAGGGCUGUCCUCAUCCUGGAUGUGAUGCUGAAACAAUAAGGCUUUUAAACCCACCUCUCCACCACCUCCUCCACCUCCAGCAGCACGAGCAGCGGUGUAGUAAAAACAUCGUGUGAACGGAGUCCAGAUGCGGCCGCACGCGCCAGAGGUUAUUGCUCCAGUUAUCGCAGAUGUGAAUCAGCGCGAGCGCCUUCAACGCGCCACGGUAGUGAAAUCGGUUCGUCUGUGAUCAAGCACCACGGACUUCGAGACUCAUCCCUUACAGCGUCGACCCGCGCUCAUGGCGGAGUUCACAGAGAAACCAGGAAGCGCGGACACACAGCGCGAGCUCUCGGGCUCGGUAUCGAACGGCGAUUGUGGACUUGCACCAGAGCUGGCUGGAUCAACCGGACCGGAUAACGCAUCAGACGGCAAACCUGGACUACCCCGAAAGGCCAGCAUCAUCAAGGAUGGGUCAAGGCAGCGCAAAGAGAGAAAGAAGACCGUCUCUUUCAGCAGCAUGCCCACAGAAAAGAAGAUCAGCAGUGCUAGUGACUGCAUUAAUGCCAUGGUGGAUGGUUCCGAGUUGAGGAAAGUGAGGUCCAACUCCAGGGUUUACUAUCGAUACUUUCUGCUCGAUGCAGACAUGCAGUCGCUCAGGUGGGAGCCGUCGAAAAAGGAGUCGGAUAAAGCCAAAAUCGACGUGAAGUCCAUUAAGGAAGUGCGAAGUGGUAAGAAUACUGACACUUUCAGGACCAACGGUGUUUAUGAUCAGAUUUCAGAAGACUGUGCAUUCUCGAUUAUUUACGGAGAGAACUACGAGUCUCUGGAUCUAGUUGCGAACACUGCUGAUGUAGCUAACAUUUGGGUGACCGGGCUCAGGUACAUGAUAUCCUAUGGGAAACAUACCCUGAACAUGAUUGAAAGUUGUCAGAACAACCUGCGCUCUUCUUGGCUCGGGGAUCUCUUCGACGAGGCCGACGUGAGCGGCAGCAAAAGUAUAAGUCUUUGUACUGCCGUACAGAUGACCAAAAAACUGAAUCCUGGACUGAAAAAUGUUAAAAUAGAACUCAAACUCAAAGAGCUGCAUAAAGCAAAAGACAAAAUGGGGUGUGAUGUUACAAAGGAGGAAUUUGUUGAGAUCUAUCAUGAUCUUUGCACGAGGCCGGAAAUAUAUUUCUUGCUCGUUCAGUUUUCUAGCAACAAAGAAUUUCUUGAUACCAAGGACUUGAUGAUCUUUUUAGAAGCAGAACAAGGCAUGGCCCAGGUUAGUGAAGACACAAGCUUAGAGGUUAUUCAGAGGUAUGAGCCGUCGAAAGAGGGGCAGCUCAAGGGCUGGCUCUCAUUAGACGGAUUUACAAACUACCUUAUGUCCAACGACUGCCACAUUUUUGAUCCGGAACAAAAGACCGUAUGCCAAGACAUGAACCAGCCUUUGUCUCACUAUUACAUUAACUCCUCUCACAAUACCUACCUAAUCGAGGACCAGUUCAGGGGUCCCUCGGACAUCACAGGGUACAUCCGCGCAUUGAAAAUGGGAUGUAGAAGCGUAGAGCUCGAUGUUUGGGAUGGGCCUGACAACGAGCCAGUAAUUUACACCGGUCAUACCAUGACGUCGCAGAUUGUCUUCCGCAGCGUUAUUGACAUUAUAAACAAGUACGCCUUUGUAGCGUCUGAAUUUCCUCUGAUUCUGUGUUUGGAGAAUCACUGUUCCAUCAAGCAGCAGAAAGUAAUGUUUCAACACCUCAAAAAAAUCCUCGGGGACAAAAUUCACACCGAUGCACCAAAACCCGAAGACAGCUACCUUCCCUCCCCCAACGACUUGAAAGGCAAGAUUCUUUUGAAAGGGAAGAAGCUAGGGAACACCUGCACGAGCUCGGAGGGGGAAGUGACCGACGAGGACGAAGGGGCAGAAAUGUCUCAACGAAUGAACAUUGAAGGAGGGGAGCAGCAGACUGUUACCCAAGCGAAAAAGUUUCAGCUCACCAAAGACCUCUCUGACCUGGUGACCUUGUGCAAAUCUAUUCCGUUUAAAGACUUUCAGACAGCAUUCCAGAACCAGAAGCAUUGGGAGCUUUGCUCUUUCAAUGAGGUGUUUGCUAGCAGGUGUGCUAGCGAUUCUCCUGGUGAAUUUGUCAAUUACAAUAAGAAGUUCCUCGCUAGGGUUUACCCUAGUCCAAUGCGGAUCGACUCGAGCAAUAUGAACCCUCAGGAUUUCUGGAAGUGCGGUUGCCAAAUAGUUGCAAUGAACUACCAAACUCCAGGCCUGAUGAUGGACCUGAACAUCGGCUGGUUCCGGCAAAACGGCAACUGUGGCUAUGUACUUCGUCCAGCCAUAAUGAGGGAGCAGGUGUCUUAUUUCAGCGCAAAUACUAAAGAUUCAGUGCCCGGAGUAUCUCCACAACUCCUUCACAUAAAGAUCAUCAGUGGACAAAAUUUCCCCAAACCCAAAGGCUCAGGUGCCAAAGGAGACGUCGUAGACCCUUACGUAUAUGUUGAGAUCCACGGCAUCCCCGCCGAUUGUGCUGAACAAAGGACUAAAACCGUCCAUCAGAAUGGAGACAACCCCCUUUUCGACGAGAGCUUCGAGUUUCAGGUUAAUCUUCCUGAGUUAGCGAUGGUACGCUUCGUCGUUCUGGACGACGACUACAUUGGGGAUGAAUUUAUCGGUCAGUACACUAUUCCUUUUGAGUGUCUACAGCCAGGCUUUCGCCAUAUUCCCCUUCAGUCUUUAACUGGUGAAGUUCUUCCUCAUGUCUGGUUGUUUGUCCACGUGGCCAUUACCAACCGACGUGGUGGGGGCAAGCCCCACAAAAGAGGGCUGUCGGUCCGCAAAGGCAAAAGGAGUCGGGAGUACGCCACCAUGAGGAUACUGCUCAUCAAGGCGGUGGAUGAGGUUUUUAAGAGUGCCAUACAGCCGCUCCGAGAAGGAACUGACCUCAGAGAGAACAUGCAGAACUCUUUAGCGUCGUUUAAAGAGCUGUGCGGUUCGUCAGCGGUGGCCAAUCUGAAACAGUGCAUCCUGGCCCUGUCGUCUCGUCUCACGGGUGCAGACAACAACCCGCUUGUGCUGUUCAACCUGAAGGAGCAGUACCCCAGCAUGGAGGCUCAGGGGCUGCUGCCCGAUGUCCUGAAGAAGGUGCCCGCUGCGUAUGAGAUGAUGGUCCAGACGAGCAGGACGCUGCUGGAGAACUCGGACGGCGUCUACGAGAGGAUACUCCAAGUGCAGAAAGCAGCUAUGGAGUUCCAUGAGAAUCUUCACGACAUGGCGGUGAAGGAGGGUCUGAAAGGCAGGAAGCUCCACAAGGCAGUGGAGAGCUUUACCUGGAACAUAACUAUUCUAAAGGGUCAGGCUGACCUGCUGAAGCACGCACGGGCCGAAGUGCUGGAGAACCUGAAGCAGGUGCAUUACGCCGCACUCACCUGCAACCUAGCCAAAGGGGCAACGUUGUCCAGCUCCGAGUCCAAAUCCCACCGCAGCCUGGGAGCCAUUCCAGAGAGGGCGUCGGGAGAGGACGACGUCAGCGAUGACGAGGAGAACUAAGGGCUCGUCGAGCUUGCCGAAGUCCUGCUGAAACUGUGCCAUUACAGAGGAACAGUAAAGUGAUCUAGGGAUAAAGAGGAAGCCAGGCUGUUCUGUGUCUCUUCUACACUUUUUCCAGCGUCAUUCCAUACCCGUUGGGCCGAAGUGCCUCAACAAACCUCGCCAAAUCCUGCCCCCCCAACCCCCUUUCCCCUUUCCCCCAGCCAAACCCCAAAACCUCAAUCCUCCACCCAACUCAGGGUAGUCUAACAGGACUACUUUUAUUUCCAGAGCCUGCUGAUCGCCUUGCUAGUGUGCUGGCACAGUGUCGUGAUUCACUGCAGUGUUGAACUCAGACGUGCACUUAAGGAGCCUCGCUCCGGGACCGCCUAUAAGCACAAAUCUAACGGAUUUAGAGGAGCUGAAACUAGAGCUGAGAACGAUUCGAAAGAGAGAACACGAGAACGAAUGAGUCGAGCUGUUUACAAUAACAAACUAAUUCAUGUUCUGUCUGCCAAAACAGUAUAUAUAUAUAUAUAUAUAUAUAUAUAUAAUAUAAUAUAAUAUGGAGAUCUGUUACCUUUUUUUUGCAAUGUGCACCAAUUUAAGGGAGGAGAUUUAUUUUGUUAAGCUGUUUUAAAGAGAAUAUUUUAUUUGUGUGAAAGAUGAGCAGAAAGAAGAAAUGUAUGCCACUUACGGGUGAUUUGAUGAAACGCGUGAUACCUUCAGACACGACCAGCUGAGGAAAUGUGUGUUACAGGUACAUGGUUAACUCCUAGUCACCAUUACAGUUAUGAUUACAGUGACGGUUUCUGGGAAAGAUUUGCCUAGUGGUUUGCUAGAGGGGAAACAUCAUUUCCAUGUGUUUUGCCUAAGCUAAGCCUGCCUAGCGCCAGCCCGUUAAAAGUCUGUCGCCUUCUCCGGUGUUCGUCCCCGGCUCAUCUCGCCGGACUUUUCAGCCCGAUCUCCCAUCCCAAUUUCCAUCAUCUUACCAGAACGUCAAGAAACGGGAAACAGUGUUGUUUGCUACGUUUCAGUGCUGUAAACGUCAGUGUCUUUUGAACUGUAGUUCAACCAUUUAUACCAACGGGGAAGCGGGUUAGUUUCGAAACAGAAUAGCAGUUUUGUUUUUACCCCGUGAACUCCUGAAAGCGCUGAAAUAAAUCGUGUUGAAAUAAAUACAUCUCGCCUGUGUGUUACUCUUCAAAUCAUGUGUCUAACAGUAAAACCCUUCAGGUUCACGGAAAGGACGGUUUCACGUUUGUUGUUUUUCAGUGUCGUUACACAAACUGAACUAAUUGUUGACUCUUUUUUUUUUUUUUUUUUUUUUUUUUCCUUCUUGGGUUAGCGAUGUAGCUAAAAGGUUUGCUCUGUUCGCCUAUUUUCCGUUCACUUGUACUGAAGACUCUUUAUUGAACUUAGACUCGUGUCCACAGAAUGCAGCAACUAUCAUUUUAAAACCCAAGAGCAAAUAAUGUCUGGAGCUGGAUGAAGCGUAAAGCUUGAUUCUUUUGGCACGAAUGAAUGAACCGGACCGCGUGUGAAUUAGCGUGUUUUCCAUGAGACUUUUAGUCGACCGGCGUAAACGUCAUACUUCUCCUCCGUUCGCCGUCUGGUUUGGUUUGGUUUCGCACUGCAUAUAAUUCGAUUGGCUGAGCUGUGUGUACAUCGCAUUUUAAAACUCUUAUUUUAUUGGUCAGGAAUACAGCGACUGGAAAAGACGGCAAACAAACCUUCGAAAAUUGGCGUUAUGUUGGACAGAGAAUACGGAUCCGGUGCUGAAUAAACGUCAUUAUAGAAGUAAGUAUUUGAAACCAUUUUGUGCAUCACAGCUAGAGUUGUUUGUUUGUUUGUUUGUUUGUUUGUUAGUCCAUAUAUCCAGAACAAAUGUCAUGUCUGCAGCUCUACAGCUCCGUUCUUUGGCUCAAUUUGUACCUUGAACCCUCGGUUUAUCAGCCCACGUCUACAAAUAACGCUGCGUGUUUGAGUCACUUCCUGCAGUUGAGUUGACUCAUUCUGCACUCGAAUCACUUUCUCACUGCAGUCACGGUCACCUCGCUCAGACGCUCUCGGACCGGUUGUUUUGUUCCACACCUGACUGUUAUUUCCGCUUUCUCACCUGCAGAAAAAACCGCACAGCGGGGUUUCAUUCAAACUGACUAAACUCUGCAUGCGUGAAAGCUCUCUGAGAUACAGACCUUUCUGUCUGGAAUCCCAUCGUGCAGCACAUGUCUACUGAACUUGUGACUACAUGCAUUGUAAACUAGGAAACACGCAUGGCUUUUGUGUAUGCACUUCGAUAAAAUAAGCAUACUACAAGAAGGGAAAGAUAAGCCUUGAGUGCGAAAAGUAAAUGCCUAUUUUUUUUUUUUUUUUUGAAUUUUUAUUUAGUACCUGUCAAGGUUCAAUAAAUCAGAGAUGGCGUCCCUUUUAAUGUAACUUUCAGCGCAGAGUACUCUUAGCAAUGUAGACAGUGUGUGUUUAUAAAAAAUAAAAAAAAAGGUCUGAUCUAUGGAAUAAUACUUUCCAAAAAUGAAGUAUGAAUAUAAAUCAAACGUUAACAGGCUGCGGUGUAAAAAUGUCAUUACCGGCUAGAGAGAUGAGGAGCAGAGGGGAAAAAACACGAGGAAAGAAAAAAAAACCAACCGAACUGUUAGUUCUUCUGUCAGCGUUUUUGAUGUUAUUAAGGACUCAGUGAUGACACCUUGAGAAACGCUGUACGCACAUGCCACCUGGCUUAACCUUGAGGCAAUUAGCUGAAUAACGCUUGGCACGUACUUGUGAGCUUGCAAAACCGUCGUCAUAAAUAAUAGGCGCAGUGAAAGUCUCGGAGAGUUCUCUGUCAGCCAGGUGAAAGCGAGACAGAGCAAGAUCUGAGAGAUGUACAGCCGUCACACCGGAUCAGAGCAGAUCUGGCAGGACAAACACGCUGCUUUUGACCGCAGUGCUGUUCACGACAAGCAGUGGGGAAAAUGCCUGAGGAUGUCUGGAUUUGGCUUGAUGUCACUCUGAAUGGAAUCACACUGCGCUGUGUCCUGUCCUGAGCCUUUGUGUGCUACUGAGUGAGAGUAGAGCUAGACAAGCCACUGAGAUGGACAAUCCAGUAGUCCAGUAACCAGUUUUCCUUAACAUGAAGUCUGUCUGUUGAACUAGUCCACUGUUCACUAAAGGAGACGUGAGUGCAAAACUGCAUGUUGUAAUUGCAGAGUCCCAAGGCCAUCGCGGCAACCGUAGUCCCAGCAACCACAGCGAGAACGUCCAUGUGGAAUUGGAGUUGAUGAGAGCUCCAUCUAGAGGAAAGGCGUCCGAACGGAUCGGGCAGGUCCGGAGAGCAGAAAGGAUCAGGAUCACUAGCAUCUCCAUAAAAUCAUGUGUGGCUCGACAAUUGCCGAGUACUGGUGUAUCUCUGAGAAUUUUGACCCUUUCAGAGCUUGUUACAGUGAUUGGAAGAAAAAAAAAAACAAGAAAAAAAAAAACGGUAGGUCCACUUUGAAAUUUUUGGCAGGUGACUGUUGCUUUCAUCGCCUCAUCAACUUUGAUGUCUGGAACCCACCAUCAACUUAAGGACAUUUCUGGACGUCCCAGAGGUCAAGUCUAAAUAAAACGUCUUGAAUGCUUCAGCAACUGAAAAUGACAGAGUCCUUUAUUUCAUGUUUUCAAGACUGAUGAUUUCAUAUUUAUUGAUGAAAUGUAUUCAUGUCCAUACUAGUCAUCUGACAAGCAUUUGAAGCGACGUGUCAACACUAAAUCUCUACAACUACCUCAUGACUAAAUGUAAUAAAUAUUUAACGUUUCACGGGCGUAUAAAUUAGCAGGUAAGCUAAGAAAUCAAACUGAAUUCCAGCCAAAAUGUACAUCUAGGAAUGAAUAGGAACUAAAAAUAGGCAUUAGCUCAAGCCUGUUUUACUGGUAACCAGGCAGUCAAGCCUGCUAGCUUUCAUCCAUUAUUAGCAACAUUGCCUUUAGACAGAGAGAAGACGUCCAGAAUUGCCCAAUAGUAUUUUUUUUUUUUUUUUUCUUUGUGCUUUCUUGGUUAUAAAUGGGUCUUUUCCUUUGUAAAUGUUAUUACAAAGUAAGACUCUAAAGCUUCUAAAGAUGACUGUGAGGAACUCUUGUAGCCGGCUAGUUGUCAGAUUUGUUUUAGAGUGGACUCCAUUAGCAAGUUCCUGACUGCAGGUUUGGACUCUGCGUUGGAUCAACACGGUCGAGCGAGCGGAACAUUAACAGAACCGUCCAACAACUUGAUGGCAAUGUGAAAUCUUAUCCAAACAAAAAGGGUGCCAGGUUGUAGGCCUGCCAAAAGCCUUGGUCUGAGUUUUCACGUGUAUGUGCAUGUAGCUGGAAGUGUAUAGCUGCUGGCAUGACUGAAUACAUCAGUUUGUUUCAUGCCUGAUCCUGAAUAUUCGCACUGAUGUGCUGCGGAUUAUAAAACACUGUGUGUGUGUGUGCUUACGGGCCUACGCCGACGAGAUCAGUCAAGUCAAAGCACAUAAAAUCACAAGCUGGGCCGGAGUAGACAAGCCAAUAUCGAUCUACUCCUCACAACACAUUCAUUUUAUAGUGUGAAGGAGAGCCGUAGAGUUCACACGGCGCUCUUUCACGUCCAAUUCUGGGACCUUUUGAUUCUCUCGCUGAUGGUUUUGAUUCCAUCGUCAACCCAGGCUCCGUUCCAAUCAGCCCUCAAGUUCCACAAAUCACAGCCUGCCCCCUUUUAGAGUGUGCUGCUCUCUUCCCCCCCCGUAGUCCGCCCUCGCUGGCUCUCGAUUAUCAUCGUGGCUUUCGCCGUGACUUUUCCUGUCCGCUUUGAUUGAAGAGGAGCCGCUGUAACACGUCGUUCAAAUCUCCAUGUUUACAGUUUAGAGCCCCGGAGUCAAACACGUUAGCUGUCUUUUUAAAAAAAUUUUAUAUAUAAAGGAGUAUUUCACACUGAGCUUGCUGCCAAACUGACCUCUCUUAGUCACGCUGUCUCUGUCUCUGUCUCUGAUGGCCAAAUAGCCUCCGUAAAUGCCUACACGUAGACACUGUUCACCGGCUAAUGGGGGUAUUUAUUUAUUUAUUUAUUUAUUUAUUUAUUUAUCCAUUUUCAUUCUUAUACACACACAAAAAAAAGCCAUUUGAACAGCAACUUCUUUGCCUCACAGUUCAGCACAAAAAAUGGCAGAGAAGUGCCUCGAGUGUUUGCCUGGUUUCCUUCAAACAUAAC